AUGAGUAGUAGUUCAGAAAGUGAUAUAGAAAAUAUGUUGAACUUGUUAUCAGACUGGGAAGACUCAGAUACAAAUGACGAAAAUAGGCGUUCUAAAGUUUAUAAAACAAGACCGGACUACUUAACAAUAUUAGAUGACUUUGAGUUUCAAAUAAGUGAAGAACAGCGAUAUGACCUUUGUGUCAUAUCGCGGUGGCGAGCCUUUGAUUCCAGCUGCCGCGCCGCCAGUCCGCGGCAAGCUCUCAAGGAGUGCGCGUGUGAUUAUUCAGUGUCGGCGGAGUUACCGGAAUAUUUCGAUGAACAGAUUGUAAACUUACUAAUAAUGGCGUUAACAGCGGCCGAAAAGCAAAAAAGGUACCGAGAACAAUUAAAAAAAAUUCCUGACAAAUAUGAGGAGGCGAAACGAAAACACCGUGAACUUUAUCAUAAAUCUAAAAGAUUUGUCAAAGAUUUAACGCCAAAAGAAAAGAGAAAUGCUAAUACUAUCUGGAAACUACGCCAACAGGCAUACCGCAAAAAACUGAAAUCUUUACAAAAUGUCUUGAACGUCACACCUCCGAGUUCACCAGCUUCUAGUGUUCACAAUAUAUUUGAAGGUCAGCACACGCCACCUUUAUCUCCUGUACCGGAUUCACCGUCAGUUAGGGGACGAAAGAAAGUUAGAAAAGAUAGAAGCAAAGUUUAUAGGGAAAAUGAAGGUUUGAAAAAAGAAAUCGAGCAGUUAAAGAGAACGGUUGAAAAGUAUAAGAAAAGAGCGCAACGGGUAAAUUUAAAGAAAAACGUUGAAGACAACAUACUGCAUGAUAAAUACAAAAUUUUGGCUUCAAGCAUUAAAAAUACAUACCAUGAGACGAAAAAUCGUAAAGGAAAGACCAUUUUGAAAAAUAUUCUGAAUACGGAACAAAUAGAAGAGUCCAGAAGAAAGACACAAUUAUUUAAAGAUGUGCUAGGAAUUAACAGAAAAUACAACUCCAAAAAACAAAAAAGUACCAAGUCUGAUUCGCUGAAAGGUGAAAUACAGAACUUUUUUCUACGGGAUGAUAUCACAAGAGCUACAGCAGGUAAGAAAGAAACAGUCACCAAACAUGGAGAGAAAGUUCAAAAAAGACAUCUUCUUGAAACACAACGUAAUCUAUAUAACAUUUUCAAGGCGGAAAAUCCGGAUUUUCCAUGUUCUUACUAUUACUUUACGAAAAAUGACCAUUUUACGUCGUCAAACCAUCCGUUGAUGCAAGAGAAAUGUGUUUAUGUAAAAAACACUCUAAUUUCUCAUAUAAAACUGAAGCUCUUAAACAAAAAAAUGUGAUUGACGAUGAAAACUUAAGCAAUAUUAUUCGGGAUACAGUAUGCAACGACCUUUCUAAAGAUUGUAUGUAUGGUGAUUGUAAGGAAUGCAAAGAUAUGAAAAUUCAAUAUAAUGAACAAAAUAUUAAUGGAACUAUACAAUACAAUGAAUGGAUCAGGAAGAAAGUAGAAUAUGAAAAAGAUGAGAAACAAUGUAAAUCAUUUAAGAAUGUUAGGGAAGUGAAACAGGAAGAUACAAAAGAAAUUAGUUAGAAACUUUGAGAAGGAUUUGACACAUUUUAAGAAACACGUUUUUAACAUAAAAUCGCAAUUUCGUAAUUUUCACCAGUGCUUGAAUGCUCUUAAAGAAAAGGAAUACCUGAUCGUCGCUGAUUUUAGUGAAAAUUAUGAAUGUAAAUAUUUCAAGGAAACUCAAGCGCAUCAUUUUAACUCAAGAAACCAAGUGUCCCUUCAUACUGUAAUGGUUUACACAUGGGACGCAGAGACAAAAUAUAAAGCAAACUCAUUUUGCACAGUUUCGUCUUCAAACUGUCACCAACCUGCUGCCAUCUGGGCACACUUGGAACCUAUUUUGGAUUGGAUCAAAAAAGAACAUACUUCUGUUGAUACUGUACAUUUUUUCUCGGACGGCCCAUCGACACAGUAUCGCCAGAAGCAAAAUUUUUACUUCCUUUGCACGCGAUUGUUCGACUUUGGAUUUUCCGCAACUACCUGGUCAUUUUUUGAGGCAGGGCAUGGAAAAGGCCCUGCAGAUGGAAUUGGUGGGUAUCUAAAGCGCACAGCAGGGGAUUUUGUAACUGCUUUGAUCCAAAAAUCUUUAAUGUACUCAGCACUGGCCCCGAAUGUGACUUUUCAUCAGAUGACGAUUUACCACUGGGCAUCUUUGCAGCAGGCCGAGUUGACACACCGCCUGCAGAAGAUUUGCCAACAAAUGACAACGCUGUACUUCAUGAAUUGCAGAACAUCCCUCGUCAAAGUAUCUACAAAGCGGUUUAUGGAUCCUCAUCUGAUGAUGACGAAGUCGUACAUGAAAAAGGAAACCUAGCUUCAAUAAACAAUAAAGAAAAUAUCAUGCCCAAGCUGUCGCGUAUUUUUUUUUGCAAAUAUGUUAGAUAAAGUAGGGUUUUGGUGAAUAAAAGAUUUAAGUCUAGUUCAGACACUUUAUGUGGUUUAUUAAUGUUGUUUUCAUAGAAUUGUUAAAUCUAAACUGUUUAAGACAACUAUUCCACUAUUCCUUAACGGACAAUAGCUUAGGUACUAGCUUUACAGGUUCAAGGUCGGUGUGCUUGGUUGAUAACAAAGGUACAAACCUUUAAUAAUUAAAGUAUUAGGAAAUUAUAUUACUUGGAUCCUUCACUGCUUUGUCGAGGGUGGAGUUCAGGAUUUCACCGAGAUUAUCCCAUACUCACCACACCUUCUUUUUAUGUUACCACGUGUAUCACGUAGUACUAUUCUCCAUCAAAAUAUAACUCCAAUAUACGCAUCCAAUAUACGCCUCCUGUAACGGAGUUACAUAGUUACACAUCAACACCAAUGUCUUAAGCAAACACAUGUGCGGAACCCUAUUGGUUUCGUGCUACCUUGGCUUACCUGUCGUAGGAAAAUAGGCCUGCCAAGCUUUUAUUGUCUAAUAUCAACUCCAGGCAUGGAAAUCACAGAAAUUUUAACAACACAUGUAAGGUUUCCGGUCGUCGCCACGACAAAAUAAUCUCAUACGUUCAUGUGAACUGGGUGGAAUCUGAAAGAAAACGAAUUAUGAACGAUCCGAAACAAUCUCGGAAAAACGUAAAAACGAAGGAUUAUUACAUAAAACUCACCAAAUUAAGUAGAUAUUAAAGGAUUGAUUUCCUGCAAAAGGCGACCAGUGAAAUAA